AUACGUUCUUGUAGAACAAGAACAGAAAAGGUAAAAAGAACUGAAAGAACUGGACGCCCUAUACAGUUUUGGGAAAAUUGCAGUUUUGAAUGCCAGAGAACAGCAAUGGAACAAAGCUUUGUGCUGUCUGUUAUUUCUUCGAUGCUCCAUCCUGUUUUAUGUUGCUCGGUUCGUUUUUUAUAUUUCGAAUUAGAACAGCAUUAACAUUAGUUUGGUCGUGUGCUCAGGUGAGUGUUAGAAUCAAAGCAUAUCACCUGUAUCAGUUUUAUUGCGAUUUCACCUAACAAGUUCUGAUUGACAUGCGUUUGAAAUAUUGAUCUUUUCCCCCCUCCCCACCUUCCCGAAAGGCACAGCCCACACAUCAACUAGUCAGUGAAUCCAGAUGUCUUGCCGUUUCCCGGACUGCGAUUUCUGAGAUCGCUCAUAAUCCUGUUUUCCUUCUUACAAACAACCCCAUUCCCUAUCAAAUGAUUUUAUCUAUCAUAUAACAACAAUCCACAAUCAAAGUUCACUCGCUCAAUGAGAGUAAUUAAAGGAGCUUCAUUAACUGUGAUUUUUUUUAUGUGAACAUGAAGAACUCUAUACAAAGAUACCUGAAUUGGAUACCUUUGAAAUCUGAUGAACUCUACUCUAAGAUCCAUGGCUACAAAAUGAGUUGGGAAGAUAUGAAACAACAUGGAUACCCUCUUCCAGAUCAGAACGAUUCAAGCAAAAUAAUUAUUAUGUUCGACAAUAUGUUCGAUGCAUGCGAUGAUCCAGCCGUGCAGAAAUGUAGGUGUGGGAAGUUGAUGUCCAUCCUUGACCAGAACUGGUACCUGGAUCAAGCUGGGUGCACCUAUCAUCCAGGUAAGCGAACAUUCGGAGAAAGAUCUUCCUCAGCAGUCUUCAGUUGUUGUGGAAAAACUGAUGACAGUGUGGGCUGUGCUUUCAGCGAGCACCAUGUUAGCUUUCACAGGCCGUACAUGAACGCUAACUUUCUGCAAACGAAAUAUAAUACUAUAAAUAAUGGAAAGAAACCUUCAAACAUUUACUCUCUUGAUUGUGAGAUGAUAUUCACCACGUGUGGAUUGGAGCUUGCCAAAGUGACAUUGAUUGAUAUUAGUGGAUCCAUCAUGUAUGAUACCUACGUCCGACCAGAACAUCAGAUCUUAGAUUACAACUUUGAAUUUAGUGGUAUAGACGAAUCCCAGCUGGAAGGAGUGACCACUACCUUAACUGACGUCCACAAAAUAUUCUCCAAUUUGCUCAACAAAGAUACUAUUCUAAUAGGACACUGCCUCGCCAAUGAUUUUCUUGCUUUAAACAUUGUCCAUGAAAACGUUGUCGACACUGCCUGCCUCUUUCCCCACGAGUUGGGACAUCCUUAUAAACAUUCGUUAAAGUACCUCACUUUGACGUACUUGCGGAAGAAUAUUCAAGCUGGCAACAAAGGGCACAACAGUAUAGAGGACGCUCGAAGUUGCUUAGAGCUUGUGCUUUGGAAAGUUUAUCAUGAAACCAGAGGUUCUCCAACGAAUUCUCCGAAUGCUCACGGAUUUAUUCCUUUUUCGAUACCUUCAAGUAAUCUUUCACCACCGAAUUCUUUUACGCCAACAAUACAGCCAAAUGGUUUUCCACGAGACUUAUCUGUGAAUCCAGACUACCUUCCUGCUUUAGGGCCACCGAUACAUAUUUUAAUGUCAGUACCGCCUCCAAAUAGAUUUCCUCCAGUACCACCUACCCGCUUCAUUUCCUCGAACCUUGUUUAUUUACCUUUUAAUCCUGCUCUUCCAUGUAUAAACUUUCCUCCACCACUUUGCCGGGUUAAUGGUCCUUUACAGUGGUGGCCAUUUUGGAGGGGAACUAUGUGAAAACUUCUGGAGAUGAGUAUUUUUUAUCAUUUUGAAUUUUAUUUUGGACCUAUCCUCUGAUCAGGCGAUAAAGAAUUUCAGUGAUAAGUUUCGUCAGAAUGUCGUAACAUACUGAAUUUUAAGGGUAUGAUUGAGGCAACAUGACACUGAAAUUUUUUUUAUCAUCUGUUAGAGAAUAUGUUUGUCAAUUUUUAUAUUAAAACUUUUAAAACAGGCUGUAAAAAUUGCAUUUAAAUAACUUAUGAGGCUUCUAUUGUGGAACAAUUAUCCACCUAUACGAUAAAUAAAAAAGUGAUUACAGCGUCUUCUGAUGACUAAAUUAAUAGUCACUAUUCCGUUUAUUUCAAAAAAACUUUACAUGCAGUAAAACAGUUAUACGUUAACAUAGGAAAGCUAUUGCAGUGUCUUCUGUUGACAAAAAUUAGAAUAAUUUCAGGAUAAAUUUCAGAAUUAUUCAAAAAAAUUCAGAAUAAAUGCUAGUUUUGAAUUUCAGAACAGAAUUGAAUUCUGUUCUGAAAUUCAAAAUUAGAAUUUUUAUUUAAAAAACAAUAUAGAAGGAGAGGUUAAAGAUUAUGUGACACAAGUUUGCCAAAAAAGGGAAACUAAUCAACUUUCGAAUUAUGUAGAAACACAUUCAAUAGUAGCAUAACGCAGUGUAUUUUGGCAUCCUGUUGCUUAUCAUACACGAUUUUUUCUGAAGAUUCAAUUCUUAUUGGCUCAAAAUUCUUAUUUUCUCAAAGUAUCUAAACCGAAGAAAUUCUGAAACUUUAUUUUUUUCAUUUUAUAACUUACAAGAUAGCAAAUAAACAUCAAAUUUAGUCACAAAAGGUGUUGAAAUAACUUCGAAGUAGCGUAUUGUCGUUUUAUUAUAUGUAGACACUUAUUCUAAACUGUAGUUGUAUUAUUUAUUUAAUACCAUACUUUACAUAAAUUAUUAACCUUGAUAAACUGUUCAUAAAAAUUUUAAUCGAAGUUAAAUUUUUAUCUGAAAAAGUUUGAUGAGACUUAUUUUUGAGCACACUAUGAUUGUGUAAGAUGUUUACUUUAUAAGUUAUAAAACAAGCCUAUCCAUGAAAUAAUCUUAAUUCAAAAGCUUUAAUAAA